GGAACUUUGCCCAAGCCAAAAGCCAAGCAUUACUCAAGGUUACAAUUCGAUUUGGAAGGUGUGCUUGAUUGCUGUCGUUCUUGCGAACCCACAUUUCGCUCGGCACUGCUCACCACUGCGGUGCAGCACUCACAAUGCGCCGCAUGGCAGCUACAGCAGCGCGCACGCGCGCGCUCUCGAGCCAGCCCUGGUUCCGCGCCGCCGGCGAGGGCACGCUGAUCCUGCGUUUCGGCAAUGGUAUCGACGAGGCGACGAACAAAAGUGUCUUGAGGCGCCUCGACGCGCUGAACGAAAAGCCGCGCGGCGUCACCGACGCCGUGCCCGCCUACGCGUCCCUGGCCGUGCACUACGACUGCACGGAGAUAUCGCGGGACGACGUCGAGAAUUGGAUAAAUGAGGCCGCGAGCCGCGAGGACGACGGCGACGCCACACGAAACGUUGUCGAGAUCCCCGUGUUGUAUGAUGGCGAAGACCUCGAGGCCGCCGGCGAGAUCGCGGGAGUGGACGACGUCGCGGCCGUCCAUGCCGCGCCGGAGUACCGCGUCUACUUUUUAGGAUUUACGGGGGGCUUCCCUUAUCUUGGUGGUUUGGACGAGCGUUUGGCAAAGGUGCCGCGGCUGCCGACGCCGCGGCAAUUGGUACCAAGGGGCGCCGUGGGCGUCGCGGCGGGCCAGACGGGCGUGUAUACGAGGGAUACGCCGGGCGGCUGGCAUUUACUAGGGCGGACCGACGCCGUGCUCUUCGACCCGGCCCGGGAGCCGCCUUCUCUGCUGAAGCCGGGCGACGCCGUCCGGUUCUCUGCGGUUGCGGCGUUGGACGAUGCAGCGCCCCAAGUGAAAGAAGCACCACAACGUGUGGAAGACGCGAGCUUCGAGGUCCUGGCGGGCGGCCCGCAGACGCUGGUCCAGGAUUUAGGAAGACGGCACCAGUCGUGCGGUGUUAGUAGAUGCGGCGCCGCGGACGAGAUGAGUCUGCGGACGGCGAACGCGCUCGUCGGGAACGAGGUCGAUGCCGCUGUUUUAGAGUGUCUUGGCGGGUUGAGGUUAAGGAGUAGGGAGACGCGGGCCGUCUCCGUCGCCGGCGCGGACUGCCAGGCGACGAUACUGAGAGGUGGAGGCGGCUCCGUCUCUUGUAAAGUCAACGAGGCGGUCGUGCUGCGCGCGGGCGACGAGCUCCGGCUCGGCAUCCCGCGGGACGGCGCGCGGGCCUAUGUUGGUUUGGAGGGCGGCGUCGCGGCGCCGUUGGUGUUGGGGAGCCGGUCGAGCGACGUGCGGGCGGGCCUCGGGCCGGCGCCGCUCGCGGCGGGGGACGGCGUCGCGUGUAUCAAAGAGGGCGGCCGCGCGGCGCCGCGCCGGGCGAAGCACGAUCAUAUGGGAAGGACGCCGGGCGCGCGGACGUGGACGCUGCGCGUGCUGCCCGGGCCCGGCGACCCGGCGAGCGACGACGGAACAUCAGAGACGGACGCCGACGCGGCACUAUCAAAAUUGCUGGACGCGGGCCCGUUCACCGCGUCGCCGCGGUCGGACCGCAUGGCUGUGGUGGUGGAGGCCGCGGCGUCAUUAAAGGGGGGGCAGCAGCUCUCCGAGGCCUGCGCCGCCGGGACUAUACAAUUACCGCCGGACGGCAACCCCGUCAUAUUGCUAGCGGACCACCAGACGACCGGAGGUUAUAGUGUACCGGCGGUCGUCGCGCGGUGCGACCUGUGGAAGGUCGGCCAGUGCCGGCCCGGCGACGAGCUUGUGUUUGUCGAAAUUACUAUUGGUGCCGCGGCGGCCGAGCUGCGGAAGAUGCGGAAGCGGGCUAUGGCAUGCGCGGCGCGCGUCGUCGAUGGCGCGGACGUUGAUUUGGUGGCGCUGGCGCGGGGGCCGAACCAGAUGGUCGAUGCGUGUGAGUAAUUGUGCUUAGUACUACUGCUCGAGCGGGAG